CUGGCACAGCGUGUCUGUCAAUGUCAAAUUGCACUCUUAACCGCAUAUGCCCGUGAGGAAAAUCUCAGGAGGAAGAGGUAGAAAAGUAUGAUGAAAUAAGCAAUACCUGGAUUUCAUCAUGUCGGAAAAAGCAAUAAGAGUUCCCGAGAACAUUGACUUCCCAAAGGAAGAGGAGAAAAUCCUACAAUUCUGGAAAGAUAUCAACGCUUUUGAAAGUUGUCUGAAGCAAUCAAAAAAUAAACCUCGGUACUCGUUUUACGAUGGGCCGCCCUUCGCCACCGGUCUACCUCACUACGGUCAUAUCCUUGCUGGCACCAUCAAAGACGUAGUGACACGUUACGCUCAUCAACAGGGCUACUAUGUAGAGAGGCGCUUUGGUUGGGAUUGUCAUGGACUGCCCGUCGAGUAUGAAAUUGACAAAACCCUCGGUAUCAAGGGGCCGAGUGAUGUGGAGAAAAUGGGCAUUGAUAAGUAUAAUGCUGAGUGCCGCAAAAUCGUCAUGCGAUAUUCUACUGAUUGGGAGAACAUCAUCACGCGUAUGGGGAGGUGGAUAGAUUUCAAAAAUGACUACAAAACACUGUACCCAUGGUACAUGGAAUCUAUUUGGUGGGUUUUUAAGGAACUGUAUAACAAAGGUUUGGUGUACCAGGGAGUCAAAGUAAUGCCAUUUUCCACUGCCUGCUCCACUCCACUGUCCAAUUUUGAAUCUGGACAGAAUUACAAAGAUGUUUUGGAUCCUGCUGUUGUGGUCUCUUUUCCGACCAAUCAAGGUUUCUCCUUGUUAGCUUGGACUACAACUCCCUGGACACUUCCGAGUAACUUGGCACUCUGUGUGAAUCCCAAACUAACAUAUCUUAAGGUACAGGAAAAAGGCACAGGAAACUGCUAUGUGCUACUGGAACAACGUUUGCCAGUGAUAUUCAAGAAUUUUGAAGACUUCACUAUUCUUGAAAAAAUCCCAGGGAGCAAACUAAAAGGUUUAAAAUAUACACCUAUAUUUGACUACUUUGUUGAGAAAUGUCCUAAUGCCUUCCAAGUGCUAACAGAUGGGUAUGUUACUGAGGACUCUGGUACUGGCAUUGUACACCAGGCCCCAUACUUUGGCGAAGACGAUUUCAGAGUCUGCGUGGCGGCAGGCGUCAUAACAAAAGACCAAGAAAUGGUAUGCCCAGUUGAUGCAAGUGGAAAAUUCACGGAACCCGUCAGAGAUUUCCUCGGACAGUAUGUUAAAGAUGCGGAUAAGAAUAUAAUUGCAAAUCUUAAGGCAAGAAACCGCCUAGUGCAACUGGGGCAGGUGAAGCAUAAUUACCCAUUCUGUUGGCGUUCUGAGACACCUCUCAUAUACAAAGCUGUGCCAUCUUGGUUUGUAAGAGUUGAGCAAAUGAGUCAAGACCUUUUAAAAUCUGCCGAAGCUACAUACUGGGUUCCAGAUCAUGUGAAAGAAAAGAGAUUCGGAAAUUGGCUUAAAGAAGCACGCGAUUGGGCUAUUAGCCGUAACAGGUUCUGGGGCACUCCUAUUCCACUGUGGAUAUCUCCCGAUAAACAAGAGAUUGUCUGUGUUGGCAGCAUUGCUGAGCUCAGUGCUUUAACGGGAAAAGAAAUAACUGAUUUACAUAGAGAGAGCAUUGAUCACUUGGAGAUUCCAUCAGCUAGACCAGGCCACCCACCUCUGAAAAGGGUGUCUGAAGUUUUUGACUGCUGGUUUGAGUCAGGGUCUAUGCCUUACGCGCAAUGCCACUAUCCCUUUGAAAACGUAAAGGACUUCGAGGAAAGAUUUCCCGCCAACUUUAUAGCUGAAGGUAUCGAUCAAACGAGAGGAUGGUUUUACACUCUCAUUGUCUUAUCGACUGCUCUUUUCAAGAAACCACCGUUCAAAAACUUGAUAGCUAAUGGCCUUAUCUUAGCAGCUGACGGGCAAAAGAUGUCAAAAAGCAAAAGGAACUAUCCCGACCCGUUGGAGGUAGUUAAAAAAUAUGGUGCCGAUGCAUUGAGACUGUAUCUGGUCAACUCCCCAGUAGUCAGAGCCGAAAACCUGCGAUUCAAGGAAGAGGGUGUCAGAGACGUCAUUAAGGAUGUCUUCCUCCCUUGGUACAAUGCAUUUAGAUUUUUGAUGCAGAAUGUUGAAAGAAUCAUCCAAGAAGACAAAGUGGACUACAAAUUUAAUGAGAAAAACGUGAAAGAGAACGUUAUGGAUAAGUGGAUCACCUCUUUCACUCAGUCUCUGAUUACUUUUGUCAAGACAGAAAUGGCAGCCUAUAAGCUCUACACCGUUGUUCCCAGGCUUACUAAAUUCAUCGAUCAUCUCACCAACUGGUAUGUGCGUAUGAACAGGAAGAGGCUAAAGGGAGACUUUGGAGUUAAAGAUUGCCAGGCGGCUUUGGAUACGCUGUUUGGAGUACUGUUUGACAUGAUCAGAGUGAUGGCUCCCUACACUCCCUUCCUGACUGAGCUGAUGUACAAGACGCUGCGCCAACUGCUGCCAGGAGACUCUCUAGAAAGCGUGCACUUCAACAUGAUUCCAGAGCCGAAAUCUGAAUUCAUAGACACUAAUAUCGAGAGAGCAGUUCAAAGAAUGCAGACAGUAAUUGAACUCGGCCGAGUUCUUAGGGAUCGCAAAACUAUUCCCAUAAAGUAUCCGCUGCCAGAAAUGAUUGUUAUCCAUCGAGACCAAUCAUACCUGGAUGACGUAAAGUCGUUAAACACCUAUGUUCUAGAAGAGAUGAAUGUGAAGAACUUGCAGCUGACAAGUGACAAGGAAAAGUUCGGCAUCACACUGAAAGCUGAGCCUGACCACAAGCUGCUAGGCGCACGUUUGAAGGGAGACUUUAAAGCUGUCACGCAGGGCCUGAAGAACUUGAACAACGAGCAGUGCGAAAAACUGAUUGCCGACGGUUUUGUCGAGAUCGUUGGCCAACGCAUUGACGUGUCGGAAGUCCGAAUAAUUUUCCAAGCAACAGGCACUGAUCAGUACGAAGCGCAUAGCGACAACGACGUGCUUAUUCUGUUAAACGUCACGCCAGACCAAGAUAUGCUUGACGAAGGAUUUGCAAGGGAGGUUAUAAACAGGGUACAGAAAUUGAGGAAGAAGGCUCAUCUCGUUCCCACCGACGAAGUUAAUAUUUACUACGCCGUCAGUAAGACGAGUGAUAUCGCCCGCAUCAUAAACUCACACAGGGAUCUCAUAGAGACUACAGUGAAAGCUCCGAUGAUUACUCUAGACCAAUUAACCCCAUCGAAACCUGUAAUCACUCGGGAAACGCAGGAGCUGAAGGGCUCGCAGUUGGAGUUGGUUAUUACAUGGCGGAAAGAAGUAGAACUACCCCUAAAACCGUGGGCUAACAUUACCUUACAAGGUUUGACCCCGCGGUUCGGCGCCAGCGGUAAUCAAGCUAGCAUUAUCCUCACAGACAAAGCUAACAAAUACAUAAGCUUGAAAAAUCUGCAUCACGAAAUUGAAGUUCUUUUCGGUUUGUAUGGUAUGAAAUUUACCCUAUGGUGCGACGGCGCGGAAGUAAAGAGCACUAACAACUUAAACGCUAAAACUAUUGUUGUGUCUAUGGCGAAGCCAAAGGCCAAUGAAACAGCUUCUAGUCCAUUCUGUAAGUUUGUAAAUGUUGCUAAUGGUAGUAAAGCGGUCACCAUAUUCUUGGAAAACCCUCAAGGAAAGAUCACAUUAAACAAGGAAAGUGCUCUCAAGUUUGCGUCAGAAUAUCUUGGUAUUUCGGUUUCAAAUAUAGAUAGUAAGUUAUUAAAAUGAUUUCAUUGUUACUUCUUGCUACUUACUACAGUAUUGUUUUGUGUAGUUGUAGCUUUUUACACUAAGAACUUUAUUUAUUGAAUAAAUU